AUGUAUUCUUUUCGGACGUCCAUUUAUCAUGAUAAUAUUAACAAUGUUUCUGAAAUAUUGGCUAAUUUUUUCAAUCGAUAUAUGGAUCCUCAUAUUUUGAAUUGGUGCCGACGUGAAAAUGUUAUUAAUAAUAAUACGACGAACGUUUUAAAACCAAAUGAUCGUAACUUUCAAAGAUUUGUAGACGCAGUAACUAGUCAAAAUAUCGAUCCUACAAAACAUACAUUAACUGAAAAUAUUCAAAUAUAUCAACAAAAUUUUCCUAAUAAUUUCACUUCGCUCAUAACAUUUAUGAAAUUUGUUCUUGGGAUAUCUUACCUUUUAAGAAAUUCUAAUGUAAUACACCUUGAAGACGUUUAUUCAUUUAUUGGAAUAACAUAUUUUUUUUAUAGUAAAAUAAAUAAUUCACAAUUAUUGAGCAACAAUACUAAGUCACUUAUUUUACAAGAUAUUCGUAAUUUAUGGAGUAUUUUUCUUUUUAGAAAGGCUAAUAGCCAUACAAAUUUGAAUGGUGAAUGGGAUGUUCUAGUUCAGGAAACUAAACAUCCAGUUUUCACUAAUUCACAAAGAGUAAACUUGACCCCUGCGUUCAAUAUCAUAGAUUUUGGCACCACUCGAACUUCAACUCCGUUAUCCGUUUACAUUCAAAAUUCGUUAACUCAAGCGCUUAAUGACGCUUUAAUUAUUUAAAUUUUGUUAAUCUUGCAUUGAAUAUUAUAGAAAAAAAUAUAUAUAUUUUUAAAAUGUUUAAUGCAAAUAAAAAGUGG